AUGGUGAAAGAAACCAAAUAUUAUGACACCCUAGGGGUUGCUCCAACAGCCACAGAAGCAGAGCUCAAGACCGCCUACAAGAAAGGCGCCUUGAAGCAUCACCCAGAUAAAAAUGCGCACAACCCUGAUGCCGCGGAAAAGUUCAAGGAUCUCUCCCACGCCUAUGAAAUCCUUUCAGAUCCCCAAAAACGUGCCCUCUAUGACCAGUACGGUGAAGAAGGCCUUGAACAAGGAGGAGGUGGCGGCGGCAUGAAUGCCGAAGACCUCUUUGCCCAAUUCUUCGGCGGCGGCGGCGGCGCUUUCGGCGGUAUGUUUGGCGGCGGAAUGCGUGAAACCGGACCCAAGAAGGCGCGCACAAUUCACCAUGUUCACAAAGUCAGCCUCGAAGAUAUCUACCGUGGAAAAGUCAGCAAACUCGCUCUUCAGAAGUCCGCUAUCUGCUCCCAGUGUGAUGGACGCGGUGGUAAGGAGGGCGCCGUCAAAACUUGCGGACCCUGCAACGGAACCGGUAUGCGUACCAUGAUGCGCCAAAUGGGCCCUAUGAUCCAGCGCUUCCAAACUGUUUGCCAGGAAUGUGGUGGUGAAGGUGAAACUAUCCGGGACCGCGACCGCUGCAAGCGCUGUCUCGGAAAGAAGACUGUCCUCGAGCGAAAGGUCCUACAUGUACACGUUGACAGAGGUGUCAAGACCGGCCACAAGAUCGACUUCCGUGGAGAAGGUGACCAAAUGCCAGAUGCCUUGCCCGGAGAUGUUCAAUUCGAAAUUGAACAGAAGCCACACCCCCGAUUCCAGCGCAAGGAUGAUGACCUGUUCUACCAGGCUAAUAUUGACCUUCUCACUGCAUUGGCUGGUGGUACUAUUAACAUUGAACAUCUCGAUGAACGAUGGCUCAGUGUGACCAUUGCUCCAGGCGAGCCAAUUACACCAGGUCAAAUCAAAGUGAUUUCCGGCCAAGGAAUGCCGUCUUACCGCCAUCAUGACUUCGGAAACCUCUAUAUCCAAUUUAACGUCCAGUUCCCAGAGAAGGACCAGCUACAGAACCUCGAGCUACUCGAGAAAGUUCUACCACCACGUAUGACCCAGGAAAUGCCACCACCAGACAGCAUGGUAGAAGACUUUGCCUUGGAGAAUGUCGACAGCAACGGCGGCCAGGCCAGAGCCCAAGGAGCGGCCAGAGGAGACGACGAUGAAGAAGACGGCAUACCGCCUGGUGCGGAGAGAAUGCAGUGCGCAUCCCAGUAA